CAAAUAUUCAGAAGAAGAAAGGAAAAAAAAGUGUAGUUCAUCAAAUUUUUAGCCAUGACAUUUCUUCUUGUAUUGCUACUGGCCCUCGUUGUUGAUGAUGGAGUUCCUGGUUCAGUAAGUGCAUCAGCAGAAGCACCGCCACCACCUGCGCCGUCACCGACAUGUCGGAAUACAUGUCUGGAGUUUCUCGUUUGCCGGAACUAUUGCAGUAGUGUAUUUCAGAGUGAUGUGCAAUGCGAGAAAAGGUGUUACCAAAAUCUCGGGAAUUAUAAUGCUACGGAGUGCGACUCUUGUGGCUACUCUAAAUCCGAUUGUCAAGAGUCAUGCUCUCGGAUGUGUGACAAUCUUUGUGAUGAAGUACCGGAUUUGGAAUGCAAUUUAUCAAUGUGUCCAGUUAUCACUAAGCCGGUGUGUAGUUCUAUAUGUAGCACCGGCCGCGGCAGCGGCAACGUCUAGCCGGAUGAUCACAAAGGAAUACAUAUAUAAUCGAUCACUCCCGCCCUGGCUCCGGCGACGACUAACGGCAACAGUAGCCUCUCUUCGAAAGCUAUUUUCAUUUGAUCACAUGAUGAAUGUAUUUGUAUUUCUGUGCUUUGGCGCGGUUGAUUUGUGACCAAUAUGGAAAAAUUAUUGGAUUUUUGGUUGAUUUGUAUUUUUGUGGUUUGUGUCCUUCACAUAUUGUAAAUAGCGUAAUACCUACUUAGUUUGAUAAUAUCUAUGGCC